AUGGAAAAUUUCCCUCUCUUUCUAAUAUGCUUUUUCACACUCCUCACAUUCCCAAAACCCACACGUGCCACCCUCCCCGGCACGUGGGAGCUUCUAGUUUCAAACGCAGGCAUAGCCUCAAUGCACACAGCAGUAACACGCUUCAACACAGUCAUCCUCCUCGACCGAACCAACGCCGGUCCAUCACGUAAACUCCUCCCAAAAAACCGCUGCCGGUUCGACAAAACCGACGCCGUUAUGAAACGCGAUUGUUACGCCCACUCUAUUCUCUUCGACCCCAAAACAAACCAACUCCGUCCCUUAAAAAUUUUAACCGACACGUGGUGCUCUUCCGGCCAGUUCCUCCCGAACGGAACACUCUUACAAACCGGCGGCGACUUAGACGGGUUUAAAAAGAUCCGAAAGUUUAACCCGUGUGAUCUAAACGGGUCUUGCGAUUGGGAAGAGCUAAACGACGUCGAAUUGAGUGAAGGUCGUUGGUAUGCGACGAAUCAAAUUCUUCCAGAUGGUUCUAUUAUCAUAAUCGGUGGAAGAGGUUCAAACACUGUUGAAUUUUAUCCUAAACGCGAAAACGCUGUCGUUUCUUUUCCUUUUCUCUCUGAAACUGAAGAUACACAAAUGGAUAAUCUAUAUCCUUACGUUCAUCUUCUCCCUAACGGUAAACUGUUCGUGUUUGCGAAUACGAAAUCGGUUAUGUACGAUUUCGCUGAGAAUCGUGUUAUUAAGGUUUACCCGGAGUUAGACGGUGGUCCAAGGAAUUAUCCAUCGGCGGGCUCCUCGGUAAUGUUAGCUUUGGAAGGUGAAUUUUCCGAGGCGGUUGUUGUUGUUUGCGGCGGUGCUCAAUACGGUGCGUUUCUAGAACGGAAUGUAGAUACGCCGGCGCAUGGAAGCUGCGGGCGGAUAAUGGCGACGGGAGAAAACCCGGUUUGGGAAAUGGAGGAUAUGCCGUUUCAGAGAAUAAUGGGUGAUAUGGUAAUUUUACCAAACGGUGACGUUUUGAUUAUAAAUGGUGCUAUGAAAGGGACGCAAGGUUUUGAAUUGGGGUCUGAUCCGUGUUUGAACCCGGUUUUAUAUCGACCCGAUGAACCAGCCGGUUUACGGUUCAUGGUUUUGAAUCCGGGUACUGUGGCAAGAAUGUAUCAUUCAACUGCUAAUUUGUUACCGGAUGGACGGGUUUUACUUGCGGGUAGUAACCCGCACGUGUUUUACCGGUUCGAUGUCGAGUUUCCGACAGAGUUAAAACUCGAAGCGUUUUCGCCUGAGUAUUUGGAUUCGGAUAAAACAAAUAUCCGACCCGAGAUAGUAGAAGUACCCGAAACGGUGUCCUAUGGUUCUAGUUUUGAUGUUGUUGUGAGUGUUGCUUUACCUGUUGUGGGAAUAAUUGAAGUGAAUUUGGGUAGUGCUCCUUUUGCGACGCAUUCUUUUUCUCAGGGUCAACGGUUGGUCAAACUUGGCGUUGGUUCUGCUGUGCCGGACGGUGGUGAUGGGAAGUGGAGGAUACGGUGUACGGCGCCGCCGAGUGGGAUGGUUGCGCCGCCUGGGUAUUAUAUGGUGUUUGCUGUUAAUCAAGGUGUUCCAAGCGUGGCACGUUGGAUACACGUGUCGUAG